AUGCCGUUCGGAAUCAACCCGUUCUCGAAAAACGAUAAGCACGAAUACCCCGGCGUGGUUGUGCCUCUUUCCAGUGCGCCCGCGAAUUCGAAGACGAGCCCAGAUCCAGAGAAGAAAGUAGGCCCUCAAGACACUGACGCUGGAAGUCUCGACAGGUCAUCCUCUGCAGAGAAUGGUGUGGGGUCGAUGCACAGCCACCAGCAGAGUCAGAACGGCCAUCUGACCCUGGAGAUCCUGCGCGCUGAAGUGGAGAAUGAUUUGGUUGCUUCUGGCCAGGACUCUGCCUAUGAUCGCAAGUCAAAGAUAAUCAACAGGGCUAUCCAAGAUAUCGGUAUGGGUCGAUACCAAUGGGAGCUCUUCUGUCUCUGUGGAUUCGGUUGGCUCGCGGACAAUCUCUGGCUGCAGGGUGUCGCACUUACGUUGCCACAACUGUCACUGGAGUUUGGAGUCGAUGAAAACAAUGUCCGUUUCACGACUUGUUCUCUGUUCCUCGGUCUCUGUCUGGGCGCUUCUUUCUGGGGUAUCGCUUCGGAUAUCAUUGGUCGCCGUCCGGCCUUCAACUUCACUCUCUUGAUCAGCGGUGCAUUCGGUCUUGCCUCUGGUGGUGGGCCAAACUGGGUUGGUACCUGUGCGCUGUAUGCCUGCCUGGGUCUUGGUGUCGGUGGAAACCUGCCCGUUGACGGUGCUCUUUUCCUCGAGUUCCUGCCUUUUGCUUCUGGAAACCUUCUAACCAUGCUGAGUGUGUGGUGGCCGGUCGGUAAUCUGAUCGCCAGUCUUCUGGCCUGGGCUUUUAUCCCGAACUACACUUGCUCUGGAGACGGACCGUGUAGGAAAGAGGAUAACAUGGGUUGGAGAUAUCUAGUCCUGACACUGGGCGCUCUCACCUUCGUCAUGUUCGUGUGCCGCUUCUUCCUCUUCCAUCUUUAUGAGUCGCCAAAGUUCUUGCUUUCGCGCGGACGCCAAGACGAGGCUGUCGCUGCAGUUCAAGGUAUCGCCUACAAGAACCGCACCACGACCUGGCUCACUGUUGACGUGCUCAACGAGAUUGGUGGCCACCCGGAACAGCAAACGCGCGAGAAACUCAGCACCAAGGAGAUCAUCCAGAGAUACAUGUCAAAGUUCUCUCUAGAGCGCAUCAGGGGUCUUUUCGCUACUAAGAGACUCGGAGUCACCACCGUGAUCCUCUGGUUCUGCUGGACCACCAUCGGAAUGGGCUACCCCCUCUUCAACGCCUUCCUUCCGCAAUACCUGCAAAGGGCCGGCGGUGGACAGAGCCAGUCUACGGACAUCGUCUACCGCAAUUACGCCAUUACCUCCAUUGUUGGCCUUCCGGGUUCUGUCCUGGCCUGCUUCACUGUUGAUAUCAAGUACAUUGGCCGCAAAGGCACCAUGAUCGCCGGCACCCUGAUCACCGGUGUCCUUCUUUUCUGCUUCACCGCGUCUACAGAUCCGGACAUCCAGCUCGUCUGCUCUUCUCUCGAGGCCUUCUUCCAGAACAUCAUGUACGGCGUCUUGUACGCCUACACGCCCGAGGUCUUCCCGGCCCCCAACCGAGGUACUGGCAGCGGAAUCUCGAGCUGCCUGAACCGAAUCGCCGGACUGUGUGCUCCCAUCGUGGCCAUCUACGGCGCGAGCGCGAACCCGGAUGCUCCGAUCUAUGCAUCUGGCGCGCUGAUCCUUGCCGCCUUCGUGGCUAUGAUUUUCCUCCCCAUUGAAACCAGGGGGAGACAGACGCUGUAA